AUGUCAUUUCGUCUUCCAUAUCUACUUCCAAUCGUAACACUUAUUCACAGUCCAACGUGUGCGACAUCCAUAAAAGCACUUAACAUUCUGAAAUCAGCAAAAACUGCAAGCCUGGAUGCAUUUGAUAUCGACAUAAUCGAUUGCACACAACAAGAAGUGACCAAAGAUCAACUUGUCACAAUAGCCGAAUAUCUUGGAAAUGAUUUCAAACAAGUUUUGAAAAAAUCGAGUGAAGAUAUAAACAGUACGGUUGUUCAGGAGAAAAAUACUCAAAAUCGAUCCCAUGAAAAAAUCGGCGAGGAAUUCAUGCCAAAAACGGUAGACCAAUUUGUAAAUCUGGUUAAAGGGAAUCCAUGGAGUUUGCGUCCUCCUAUUUUGGUAGAUUGGAAUAAAGGACAUGCCAUGGCUGUUAGACAGCCAGAGAAAAUCAAUGAUUUUCUAAUUGAUUUAGGAUAUAUGAGAAAGUAA